AACACAGCAACUGCCUGCCCUCAUCAGCUAUGCUCAAUUGCUCACCAAGUUUUUUGUAUGUAAACAAGAACACCGACGAAACGAAAUUUUUAAACCUUUUAAACAUUAAGAAGUCAGUGCCAAACUCGCGUGUUAAUUAUUGCAAUAAAUACUUAAGGAGUAACUCUAAUGGCAGGCAUUUUACUGAGUCAAACAGAAAAAGUCUAUAUACGACACGGUGUUCAGGAUGACUACCGAUCAGAUGGAAGAUCAAACAUUGACUACAGGCCAAUGGAGCUUGAGACUGAUGUGGUCAGCCACGCAAGCGGCUCAGCAAGACUUCGCCUUGCAAACACAGACAUACUGGUCGGUGUCAAGACAGAGAUUGAUGUGCCUAAGCCUGACAAACCCGGUCUAGGCAAGAUUGAUUUUUUUGUUGACUGUUCAGCCAAUGCAACGCCAGAGUUUGAAGGCCGCGGUGGCGAGCAGUUGGCUAACAGCAUAUCAAACAUGAUGCAGAGAGCCUAUCAGUCCUCACAAGCAUUUGACCUGAAACAACUGUGUAUAUUUGAGGGGAAGCAGUGUUGGAAGCUUUAUGUUGAUAUUUUGAUUUUAGAAUGUGGUGGUAACCUGUGCGACGCGGUGUCUCUUGCAGUGAAGGCUGCUUUAUUCAACACUAGAAUACCAUUUGUGAAGGCGGCACUCAUGGAUGGAGGCAAUGUGGACUUGCAACUAUCGGAUGACCCAUAUGAUAGUAAAUUGUUGGAUGUAGGAUCUGCACCACUUUUGGUAACACUAUGUAAAAUCGGAGACAAUUGUGUAGUAGAUCCCACAGCAGAAGAGGAGACAUGUAGUGCUGUCUCCCUCAUAGUCGGAGUUACUGGGAACCCUAAAUACUAUUGCGAUGAUAAAAAACAGGACCUACCCGCUUUUCAGCCUAAAUGUAGUGCAAUCGGAAUGCAUGGACCUGGCAGUGUCACCACCAAAACAUUGAAGAAUGCAAUAAACCAGGGCAUAAUUGCUGCUACAUCCUUGGACGAAGCUUUAGGCGCAACUGUUGUAAGAGAAAGGAGAGACAUUGAAAAAUUCAAGAGAAAUUCAUAUGGGUUCUUAAAAUAAAUAACAAUAAAACACUUGUUUUUAUUUAACCCUGAAACCUUUAUUGGAUAAUAUGAGAAUAUAAUCAUAUAUCAGUUAUAUUCUAUAAGUCGCUUAUCACAAUCAAUAUAUCACACCAAAAUACUUAUUAUUUUCUAUUAAUUUAUAUGAUGCAACACAAUUUUAUUCAGAACAAAGUAUAUUUUUGAAUCAAGCUAAAAAUAAUU